CUACAAAGUUAAAAGGUUAAAAUUGAACCUUAUUCCUAUUCUAAUAGAAGCAAAAUGACUUUUUGUUGUGUAUUGGGGAUUUAGGGAAAGAGUCUCCAAAUUCAUUUAGAUUUUGUUUUCAGGGUUUCGAAAAUUGAUUGAUUUCCCAACAGGAUAAAUUUUAUUUUUGCACCUACAUUGGGCAAAAUUCGACAGAGCACUACUUCUGUAUUUAGGUUAGCCUAUAGAAGAUGCCCAGGGAUUUGUCACGGUCACGGUCACGGUCGCCUUCCUACAGACGAAGGCGUUCGCCGUCGCUGGUGGGGCAUAGGUAUAGCAGAAGGAGCCGAAGGGAUAGAAGCCGAUCUCCUUAUUCUUCUCAUAGCAGACGAAGAAGUCGUUCUAUUUCUCAACGACGUCGUAAAAGUCGUUCUCCAACUCCAAGACGUCGUAAGAGUCGUUCUCCAACCCCAAGGCGUUAUAAGAGGCAAAGAAGUAGGAGUUCCUCAUUGUCUCCUACUCGUAAAUCUUCCAGUCCAAGUCUUGUGUCAGUGGAGCGCAAAGUUGUUAACAAAAAAUUGAGAGAAGAAGAAGAAGAAGAGAAAAAGAGGCGUCAGCAGGAAGCAGAAUUAAAACUAAUUGAAGAAGAGACAGCAAAACGAGUUGAAGAAGCUAUUCAGAGGAAAGUUGAGGAGAGCUUAAAUACUGAGGAGAUCAAGCUGGAGAUACAGAGACGUCUGGAGGAGGGAAGGAAAAGGCUUAUUGAUGAAGUUGCCAUUCAACUUGAGAAAGAAAAACAAGCUGCUCUUAUUGAGGCAAGAGAAAAAGAGGAACGAGCUCGGAAGGAAAAAGAGGAGCUGGAAAAGAUGCUUGAAGAGAACAGGAGGAAGGUGGAAGAAGCUCAGAGAAAGGAAGCUUUGGAGCAGCAACAGAGAGAGGAGGAAAGAUAUAGGGAGCUAGAAGAGCUCCAAAGACAGAAAGAAGAAGCAUUGAGAAGGAAGAAGCAGCAAGAGGAGGAAGAACGGUCAAAGCAGAUAAAAUUAUUGGGGAAGAACAAGUCUCGGCCAAAGUUGUCAUUUGCAAUUGGCUCAAAAUGAAUACUUUGUAUUAUCUAAAUUUAUUUUUUAUUAAAUGUAUGUGUUGUACUUAAACUACAUUUUCUCAUUUGUAAUUUAAGGAUGUUACAAUGAUCAAUGCAGUUAGUUUGUGUUCGUGUGA